AUGCUCACAGGAGUCGGAUACGCGUGGGAUAAAUUCUCAGCUCUUUGUACGGAUUGGGAGGACAUGAUGGGCUCCCUGGAGGGUGAGAACAUUGGGCUCACGAUGGAAGGAGUUCCGGUCUCCGGAUUCGACAUUUGGACAGGUGGCGCUCGCAACGAAUUCUUGCCGCGCGCCCGGGAAGGCGACACUGAGAAACUCUUGGGCAAGAGGGGAACAUUCGAAGACCGCAACACCAUGGCGGCAGCGGAUUUGCAGGACAAGCUGGACAAUCUGAGGCGGCGGCUCAGCACUAGGCGUUUGAGCUGGGAUGAAUUGAUCAUGAGUGCACAAUUUUUCGGCAUUGGCCACAUCAACUAUGCUCCGUUGAUUGGGAUACCUCUUCCGGUCCUCCUCCAUCGACACGAUGCUGAUGUUCAGCGCCUUCUGUUGAGAGCUCUGCGCGUGCGUUCCACUGCCGAACGGGUAGGACUCAUGGCCCCUCGUCACGCAGGUGGGUUGCAACUAUGCUCGACUGUGGAAUCAGUGCUGGGAGCAUUGGCGGCAGAACUCCUUCGACUCCUCAACAGCCCCCUGCUGGUGGGUCAGUUGGCACGCGAUUCCUUUAGGACAGCUAUGCUCCAGGACCCCACAGAGGUGGACUGCCAGGAUGGAGUAGUUCUUCGUGCGCUGGAGUUCCUUGCCGGUUACGGGGUCUUCAUCACUGCGAGCAUGGACCGCACUGUAGGCCGUAUCUUGGAUGAAAUCUUCUCAUUGCAAAGCACAACUCCAGCGGACAUGGUGGGCCUCUUCGAUGCCCGCCGGUUCAAUGCAUCUAUCAAGUACUGCAGGGUCGGGAAACUGGCCAACGCGGUCCGCUCCAAGGUUACCGCGCUCCGAAACGGCGGAGUCGCGGUUGAUACCUGGCAUUCGCCUGAGUUGUGGGGUGGCGUGGAAGAGGUGGCCGAAGUGCCUGCUCAUAUUUGUGCCACUGCAGCAGGUAUGGCCAGGGACAGAGCGCAACGUGACUGGACAGCCGAAUGCGACUUGCACCAAGUUGUACAACGGGAUAUUCCUGAGGAUUGGAAUGAUAGUGCCUGGGAGUCGCCCGAUUAUCUUGAAGCCGACGCGCGUGCUCGUCACCUGGAUGCGACCAUAGAAGGGUUUCACCAAAAUGAGGAAUUUGCCAUGUAUGCGGACGGAGGGGAGGAUGACAAUUGCUGUACUUUUGCCGCUCAAGCCAGGGGCUUCAUGCCUGCGGAGUCGUCUUGGGAUGUCACCGGCAGGGUACUGCCGCAGGUCCGCGGUAAGCUCCCACGUAGAUACGGGUGGGAGCACACCAACAUCCACACUGCGGAGUUCUUUGCCAUGCUGAUUGCCCUGCGUUGGAGUCGACCAGACAGGUGGAAUCUCCUUGUUGUCGACAGAAGCUCCCUCUUCCCGCUCCUCCGGGCUUGCGCGGAAGGUGAUCCUACCAGAUUACUCAGGUUUUCAUGCGUUCACCUGAUGUCCCGAUUACGCGCGGUUAAACGGAAACUUAUUCGUUCCUGGACGGGCGCAGACAAUCCGCCACGGUGGAGACUUGACCAGGCCAGGCGGCCGGAACGCUGGACGGUUUCUGAACCUCUCCCGAGUGGUAGGGCGCGCUCCUUGUGUGAAAUUGCGUACAGUGAGCACGGCUUAGUGGGUAUUGACAUUGGCAGUCAUCAAGGCCCUGACACGGCCACUAUCAAAGUUUUAGUGGAGGGCAACGACCGUCAGGAUGCCGGAUGUGCUCAGGCACGCUCCAACAGCCUGCCGGAUGAUAUUUGGUGGCCUUCAGGGGGACCUGCGUUCCAGCUGUCCUACCAGGGGAGAGCCGUCACUCAGCCAGCACGUGAGUUCCUUAGGGGUCUAAUGCGGCAGGAAGCGCUAGCCAAAUGGCGACUCCGCACAGUGCAAGGGAAAUGCAGCGCUACCCCGGGCAUCUUUACUCCAGGACUUGACAUCCGUCUCUUCACCGCGGGCUGCGUUACUGGCGAACGGCAAGCCUGGUGCCUGGAUAAGGACACCCAGGCGACAGACAUCUCACCCUUCGCUUAUCGUUGCAUACGCGCGGUUGGUGGUUGCUGGACGGAACGUCUCCAUGCGGACCCGGCACUGACCUGUCCCUUAUGCAGAACGCGACCAGGGACACCCAGACAUGUGGUCAUGGCCUGCCCGGCAAUGGAGCCGCUGGUCAACCGUCUGCGGGAUGAUUUAGAGAAGGAACUGGGGAGUGUUGUAGACAGCGCCGAGCUCAUUCAGGCUGCUAAUCAGUCACACCUCACUCACAAAGUGGCGUCGCACACAACUGCGCAACGGUGGCCGAUCUUGUCCGCUUGGAAAUGGUUUGUGCCACUCAUCUCCGAGAUUGAAGACUUUGGACAUGAUGACGCAUCAAGCAGCCGGCUUGUCACCAGUUCGGAACUGGGACACGAUUUAGCCUAUCGUGGCAUCAUGCCCAAGGAGCUGGGACUAUUCCUUCGGCGUCGUGGACACUCCGCCCCACAACGCUUGUCGCCUGAGGAGGAGGUUCAGGAUGAGCAGUUCGGCUCGUUCCUCGACAUGCAGGGGGCGGCGGAGGAGUUAGCGGCCAGCAUGUCGAAGUGCGAACUGGCGGCAGGGGCAGCGACGGGUCCACUGCGCCUCCUCAUGCUGGGUCUUCGAUGCGUGCGGGCAGAAUACCUUAGACGCUUUGACGCCUGGUCCGCGGCGCUGGCGGCGUCCCUCAAUGAUCCUCCGGACCCUGAGCUCCCUGUGGAUCAGAUGCGCCAACGCCUGCCGGCGGCCGCUGAGCGUGCCCGUAACUGGCUCCUUUCAGAUGCAGGCCGCAACCUCGUGCGCGAACUGAGAUGGUUAGCACCUGACCGACGAACUGCAGUUGCCCGACUGCGCGCCGAACUUCGCACCGCCCUGUCACAUGAACGUCUGGCAGGGAUCCUGAUGAAGUCAAGCGUGCCCUCCCGGGCUGGCACAGCGCUCUCCUGGAGUUCUGGUCAGGCCACUUGGGGGGUGUACCGGCUGACACUGCAAACUGUGUGUAGCUGCCCCGUUGUGGCGCCUGUGCCUCUGGUUGCUUGUUGCUCUCGAUGUCAAGGGGUACAGCUUGCUGGUGCAGAGGCCCCUUUGCCUUGCCCUUGGUGCAAUCGUUUGGACGGAGCCCCCUGCGCGGCCUGUGCCGUGACCAUUCAUUUUAGAGGAGCCUGCCAGUGGAACAAGGGUGCACAUGCAGUGUACCGGCCGCAAGCGGAAGAGGCCGUCCAACUUUGCCCUGAUUGCCACUGGCUCUGGAUCACGGCGCGCGAUCGCCUUCCUUUUGCUCAGCAGCUGGCUCCUCCUGCGGACAUCGCCAGCCACAUGAACGAGUUAGUGGAGCAUUGUCUACCAGGAGCCGGCUUCAGCAGCCUGCGGGUAACAGAGGGCCGCAAACAGCGCAUCCCUCGCUUCUUGUCCAGAUGGCUCCGCCAAGAAUGGGCGCCGCUGAUUCAGGCUGCUCACGACUUCAUCCGGCGGCGUGAGCCUCUUGUUCAAGACCUCGAAGUGAUCUUUUCGGAGCUUCAACACGAGACAGACAGACUGGUCCAGCGCGGACUGGCAGAUAGCCGCUCAAUGCAGCGACACAGACUCGUUCGGCGCAGAACGUGA